GUGUCGAAAGCUGCGGUCGAAAGUUGAACGGCCAUACAAUAUAACAGCCACGCUGCAGCCUCAUUAACUCCAAGGUCGACUGAUCCGAAUCAGAAACCGGGUUGCAAUGUUAGGGCUCCGCAGUGAACGUGAGCUGUGCGAAUUCGAAACGAUCAAGAUGAACGCACGAUGCGCAGCGUGUCCGGCAUUCUAAUUAGAAAGCUUUGCAUGACCUUCCUUACGUCUCCUGCCGUAUACUCACAUUCUUGGACUAUUUGGACUCCCUGGUACACCUUGCAACUCUUAUCUUCAAGGACUUCUCCCUCCAUCCCCAUGCCAUCCUAUGGUCUGACGAAGCGUGGUAUACGAUUUUUGCUCCUCGCCAUCGUAUUCAAAAUUUGGGGGCAUUACAAGGAGUACGAAACGAGCAAGGAUGUUAAAUAUCUUUGGUCAGCCAAUCAUGCACAUAGCUCAGGAUGGGGAAAUGUGAUGCAAGACUAUGUGAUGAAUGCGCUGCUUGCACAUACCACAGGACGCUCUUUUGUCUUUGAUGACUACAUCUGGAGGCCAGAUGGUACACUCUUUACGGAUUAUAAUGGGCAUUUAAUUCCCUCUCGGAUUCCCCUGACAGCACUAUUAGGCGGCAUCAUCGUGGGUGGUGAAAUGCCACCUGGUGACACCACUCCUCGCGCAGUGUCUAAGGAUUUCUUCAACAAAGUCUGCCCCAAUCCGACAGUCGUUCAUGUGACCGAAGUGAACGAUGAUCGUAUGCGAUUCGAUGAAAGCGUGCCAGCUUCGUAUAUAUUUGAGAAGUGGCUCGAAAAAAUUAACUCGAUUGAGGAUCCGUGUGUGGAAAUCGACCCGAAGAGUGAUGCAAUCUUUGAGUACUGGAUAUUUGGACACGAGAGAAUGUUGUCCAUAUGGAAGUACCUCAAGGAUUCCCCGGUAUCCACGCACUGGGGGUGGUCGCCUUUGAUACACGAUGCAUACAGACGAAAUCGCCACAUCUUUGUGCCGAAUGCGAAAUCUACUUUUUUCGAAGGGCUUUCUGGUUCGGCUGUCACGGAAAACUACACAGCCCCGAUACCUGGCCUCCUAGCGCUACACGUGCGAAGGGGUGACUUCCAGGACCCACUGCUCGUACAAGUGCGCGUCGAGUCGGAAGAGCCGCUGACGCAUGUCUACAUCAUGACCAAUGGCGCUGUCGCUUGGAUCAAGAGCAGCCGCGAUCUCGACAUUACAUGGGAACAGAAAUUUGUGGUGCAAGCGUUGGAUAUGUUGGUAGCUCAAAGAUCUGAAGUGUUUAUCGGGAAUGGGUGGUCGAGCUUGACCUCGAACGUUGUGAUGCUGCGUAUGGCGCAGAGUUUUCCUCCGGAUAGUAACAGAUUCUGGUAAUGACGCUCACGACCUGCUUCGUCUACGAUAGAGGCACGGACGGAUGGACGAUCUAUUAUGUUUAUUGUUUGGUGAAUACAGCCGUUGUGCGCCAAAGUAUAGUCGCUACAGUAAUACACUAUUUUCUUCGUGUCAGGGUAUACACCUGCUUAUGUUGCAGAUAUCAAACAUGAUUUAUCUGGCGAUACGAAA